AUGGCCCGAGCCCAAAACAUUCCAAUUUCAGGACUUAUCUUGAAAGAGAAAGCUUUGCAAUUUGCAAACGAAUUGGGUGUUUCGGAGUUCUCGGCGAGCAACGGCUGGUUUGAAUGGUUCAAAGAGAGACAUGGACUUUCCUUCAAAAAGAUGUGCGGAGAAGUCGUUGAUACGCGUCCAGUUGAAGAAUGGAAAAAUGAUCUCUUAAAAGAUGUUCUCCAGCGUUAUAACCCUUGUGAUGUAUUCAACCUUGAUGAGACAGGUCUCUUUUUUCGACUUGUGCCUGACAAGACUUUGACUUUUCAAUCAGAGGGCUGCUAA